GCUUAAAAAAACACUCCCGUUGACUCAGAGUAUUGUUCAUUCCUUGACUCAAUCAGAUUCAGAUCCAGUGAUCCACCAUCGCUCCCAUGAAACCCUAAACCAAUCAAUCUCAACAAUGGUAGUCACCUCCAAAGCCUCUCCAAUGGCGCAAGAUCUCCUCAACUCCUUCUCCCUCCCCAAAACCCUCAAGCUCAAAACCAAGCAGCAAGAGCUCCUAAUCCGCGUCGCCACGCUCUCCCUCAUCUACCUCCUCGCCUUCGUCACGCGCCUCUUCAGCGUCCUCCGUUACGAGUCCAUGAUCCACGAGUUCGACCCCUACUUCAACUACUGCACCACGCUUUUUUUCACGCGCCAUGGCUUCUCCGAGUUCUGGAACUGGUUCGACUCCGAGUCCUAACCCCUCGGCCGCAUCGUCGGCGGCACCCUCUACCCCGGCCUCAUGCUCACUGCCGUCGCCAUUCACUCCCUCCUCCGCCUCCUCCGUCUCGCUGUCCACAUCCGCAAGGUCUGCGUCCUCACCGCCCCCUUCUUCGCCUCCAACACCACCCUCGUCGCUUACUUCUUCGCCAAGGAGGUUUGGGACUCCGGCGCCGGCCUCGUCGCCGCCGCGCUCAUCGCGAUCUGCCCCGGCUACAUCUCCCGCUCCGUCGCCGGCUCCUACGACAACGAGGGGGUUGCGAUCUUCGCCCUCUUGCUCACGUUUUACCUCUUUGUGAAGGCUGUGAAUACUGGGUCGCUGGCGUGGUCUUUGGGCUCGGCGUUUGGGUAUUUCUACAUGGUUUCGGCGUGGGGGGGUUAUGUGUUUAUAAUCAACUUGGUGCCGCUUUAUGUGUUGGUGCUGCUGGUCACGGGGAGGUACUCGUUGAGGCUCUAUGUGGCGUAUAACUGCAUGUAUGUUUUGGGAAUGUUGUUGGCUAUGCAGAUUAGGUUUGUGGGAUUCCAGCAUGUGCAGUCCGGGGAGCACAUGGCGGCAAUGGGCGUCUUUUUCUUGCUGCAGGUAUUUUUCUUCUUGGAUUGGGUGAGGCAUUUGCUGAGUGAUACAAAGUUGUUUCAGGCAUUUUUGAGGAUCACUGUGACCAGUGCGGUUGCUGUUGGUGCUGUUGCUUUGGGAGUAGGCAUGGCAUCUGGUUAUAUAUCUCCAUGGACUGGGAGGUUUUACUCCUUGCUUGAUCCAACGUAUGCUAAGGAUCACAUUCCGAUUAUUGCAUCGGUCUCUGAGCAUCAGCCUACUGCUUGGUCAUCCUUCAUGUUUGAUUUCCAUAUCUUGUUGUUCCUUUUCCCAGCUGGCCUAUAUUUUUGCUUCAAGCGCUUGUCUGAUGCUACAAUCUUUUUAGUUAUGUAUGGUCUUACAAGCAUGUAUUUUGCCGGGGUUAUGGUUCGGCUGAUUCUUGUUGCUACCCCUGCUGUGUGCCUCAUUAGUGCUAUUGCAGUUUCUGCCACCGUGAAGAAUUUGACUCGGUUAGUUAGGGCCAAAAGCCCAUCUGUUCAAAGUGGAUCUAGUAAAGGAACUAGCACUGCAAAAGGUUCUUCUAAGGGUGUAGUUGACAAUUCCCAGCCUUUCCAAAAAAAUGGUGCUAUUGUGUUACUCCUUGGUGCUUUCUAUUUGCUCAGCAGAUAUGCUAUUCACUGCACUUGGGUCACAUCAGAGGCCUACUCAUCUCCCUCAAUUGUCUUGGCUGCAAGGGGUGCCCAUGGCAACAGGGUCAUUUUUGAUGAUUAUCGUGAGGCUUACUUUUGGCUUCGCCAGAACACUCCACCAGAUGCCAAGGUGAUGUCAUGGUGGGAUUAUGGUUAUCAAAUCACUGCCAUGGGAAACAGAACGGUUAUUGUUGACAAUAAUACCUGGAACAACACACACAUAGCUACUGUUGGGCGAGCAAUGUCAUCCUAUGAAGAUGAGGCUUAUGAAAUAAUGAGAUCGCUCGAUGUUGACUAUGUAUUAGUCGUGUUUGGUGGUGUUACUGGUUAUUCUUCUGAUGAUAUUAAUAAAUUUCUUUGGAUGGUGAGAAUUGGUGGUGGAGUUUUUCCUGUGAUAAAGGAACCUGAUUAUCUUGUCAAUGGAGAAUAUCGUGUAGAUAAAGGAGCAGCACCAAAGAUGUUGAACUGUCUUAUGUACAAGCUGUCUUAUUAUCGGUUUGGAGAGCUGACAACUGAAUAUGGCAAACCACCUGGAUAUGAUCGAGCUAGAGGUGUUGAAAUUGGAAAUAAGGACAUAAAGCUUGAGUACUUGGAAGAGGCGUUCACUACACAGAAUUGGAUAGUUCGUAUUUAUAAAGUGAAACCACCUAAAAACAGGUGGUAAAUCUAAUCCCCCUUCCCCACAACCCAAAAGAAAAAGAGACUGUUCUCUCUCUGCGGGAAAUGAGUAUUUUAGUGAACUUGAGCGCUGAAAAUCUGUUUACAGAUUGUGGACCAUUUUUUGAGUAUGUAGAAUUAGUUGAGGUAAUUUUAUGGGUUUUUGAAAUGAUACAGUUUUCGACUUUAUGACAACUAAACAACUUAACCUAUUAUUGGCUUGGCACCA